AUGUUUAUGUACAGUCGUCUAGUGUUAUUUAUACUUUAUCAAUUCGCCUUGGAUUAUCGAAUAGUUUGGACAGCUGGACAAAAUUGUUAUUUUCCAAGUUUUGUACAUCAUUCGCAUGAAUCAAUUUGGAUGACAGAUUAUGGUUUAAAUAAUUUACACCAACAAUCUCAAAAUAGUAAUAAUGACAAUAACAAUAAUAAUAUUAAGAAAACAUCAUUAUUCUAUUCACUUCAGUUACCGGAAGAAUUGUACAAUUAUAAAUUUAAUUUUUUAAAUUUACAAUAUGGUUGGUUACAAAUGUUAUUUACAAGAGAUUCACAUCAUGCAUGGUUAUUCUUAUCAUGUCAUCAUAUUCUUUAUACAAAACAUCAGAUUUUUUUUACAUCAUUAAAAGAUUACUUAACGAGUAUUUGCAGUGUAGAUGACCAAACUACUUACAAAAGUAAUAGUAGUAAUAAUACACAUUGGUUUAGUGCUACAAACAGUAGAAGUAUGGAUUAUACAAAAUUAAUGUAUAAUAAUAAUAAUAAUGAGAAUAGCAAUCCUACAAGCAGUUUACAAGCAUCAUUAGGUUAUGUGAAACUGUCAUGUUCUUGGCAAUCCGGUAAAAAUAUUUAUUUAGUACAAUAUACACAUCCUAAAGGAAAAUCCAUUUAUCAAUGUGUUAAAUUUGAACUUAUCAAUGAAAUAGAUUCAGUAUCAGUGUUUAAUCUAUUUUUAAGUGAAUAUACCUCACCUACAGCGGAUUUAACAUUGUGUCAUCCUACAGCGUUUAAAUAUGAUUCAUCAAAAUGGAUUGCCAGUCUAUCUCCAAAUACAGAACUUAGCAAGACAUUAUGCCCAAUAUCAGGUGGAUUUCAAAUAAGUCAAAUACUAGAUUUAAAAAAUAAUGAAGUCCUCUGUGAACCUCAUGUUUAUUCGACUUUGGAAAGUGAGUGCAUGUCAGGUGAAGGUAUCUUAUGGACAUUUUUACAACCUCAAUGUAAUCCAUUUGUACAAAACUAUAAGACUCAAUUUCAAUGUCAUUCAACAUGGAAACUGAAUAAUUUGAAUUAUAUUCUCAUCUAUCAACAAAUAAAUCAGUAUACUUAUGAAUUUUAUCAACUGGUUUAUUUACAAUUACCAGAGGAAUUAUCAAUAGAAUCAAAAACUUAUGGAAAAUUUUCACCAAUAUGGAUUAUUUAUGGUUUACAAUUAAAUAAAAUAAUUGAACAAAUAAUAAUUAAUCGUAUUUAUACAUGGAAUUCUAUUGAACGUUAUAGUUCAAAAUCAAAAAAUAUUGUAUUAUAUAAUACAAGUAUAAAACUAUAUGAAGUACAAAUUCGAAGAGCAUUUGGAAAUUGUGAUGAUGAACGUGUCAGUUGUACUCAUGGUUGCGAACAUAAUGCAAGAAAUCAAUUUUUUUGUCAUAGAAGUUGUCUAGUUCCAGGACAGACUUGUGGUAACAUUAUUCAUGAUUCGUGUAAAUUUCAUCCAAAUUAUUAUGGUACAUGGGAUUUAAUUGAACCGAGUUCAAUUCAAGAAUCAGUGGGAUAUGAACAUCCAAUAACUGGUAUAUCGUAUACUAUGGAUUUGUAUUGUGUUAAAGAAAUACAAGAAUCCUUAUAUGAUCGUUAUAUUCUACGAAGUGAUUAUCAAACAAAUGGAUGUUAUUCCAGAGAUCUAUGUUUAGAAAUCUAUCGUGGUAAUAAAAAUGAUUUCGAAACAUCAUCAAUUGUCAAUGCAAUACUUUAUAGAAUGUCUGUCGGUGGUAAACAUCUUUUAAGUGAUAUAUGUCAAUUCAAUAAUGAUAAUCAAUUAUAUGGUCGAACAAUUUAUCCAUUAAGAGGAAAUAUAUUAAUACGAAAUACAGCGGAUAAAAAAUCUAUCACUCCUACUGGUAUUACUAAAUGUGGACUAUAUCAAAUACGUCUUACUGGUAAAUUGUUUAUUCUCAAUACUGAACCAACACAGUUUGGUAGUCAGGAAGAUCUGUUUAAUGUAACAAAUAAACAAUCUAUUAAUAAUCGUUUGGGAAAAGAUGAUCAUACAAAUAUCAUGUCUCAUAUAAAUGGAAAGUUAUUAAAUACAUAUGAAGCUAAUGAUGAUAAAAGCUAUCAAGGACCAUGUUCAAUAGAAAUCAGUGAUUUCAAUCCAAAUCUAGGUAUCUCUGGUGAAUUCGAUAAUACACUAAGAAUUAGACAUUAUUGUGAAUCUACCAUUUAUCCUAGUAUAUUUAAAUCAGAUCAUCAAUGUAUUGCAUCAUUUAAUAUUGAUGGAAUUUCAACUAUUUCCGCAUCUUAUUUCUUACUUAUCACAUAUCUUAAAAUUACAGAUCAGUAUUAUUGUCUAAUCAUUCAAAUCAACAGAAAUAAUGAUGAUAUGAAUAAUAAUAAUGGUAAUAAUCAUAGCAAUCAAAAUUACACAAUCUUUAUGUAUCAUUCACCUCAGUGUCAAUAUGAAACUACACCAUUUGAAGCUAUUAAAUUAGAUGAAAAUAAAGCAUUUGCAAAAUUAUUACUCACUUCAACACAAAGACAAAAUGACAAUUCUACAAGUGGUAGUAGUAGUAGUAGUAAUACUAUUAUAACUCCAAUAUUGAAAUCAUUCAACAAAAGUUUUUAUUUAUCAUCUAGUAAAUUAACAAGACCAAUUCAACAAUAUACAACAAUUCAUAAUGAUUAUCAACAACAAAAUUUGACACGUUUUAAAGCGUUACGUUUUCUAUCGAAACCAAUUAAAAAAACGCGAAGUUUCUUUAUCAUCAAUAAUCAAUCCUCACCAAUCUAUUCAACUAUUUCUUCUUAUAAUUAUUUAUUAAUAUUUUUAAUUAUAUUUAGAAUUUAUUGUUAA